UCCAUCUCCUCCGGCAAGGCUCCAACUCAUCAACCAGCGACCCCUCCUCUCCCUCUCGCAACCAGUUGCUCGUCCGUUCUGCAGCGGCGCGGCGACAAGGCAAGCCAUUCCUUCCGUGAUCGCACGUCCCCGGCGCCUCUCUGCCUCCGCCGCCGUCUUCUGGCUGUCUCUUCGCCGGCGUCUCUGCAUCUCGAUCAAGGAUCGGCGGGAGCUUCUGUGCUUCUAAUGACUGAAGAAGUGAUCAAAGAGGUCAUCUCCUCAACUCCUGCUUCAGCUGAACCAAAAUGCGAAGACCUCCUGAUAAACUCUCCAGUAAUCACAGAUGGCACCAGCAUGCCGCCUGAUGUUAAGAGGAAGGAGAAGCCAGUCCCACAUUACCUAAGAGCGUCCAGUAGGUCUUGCCAUGACAACUGCAAGUAUGGGAUCAAGCAUUCCUCUGAACCCAAAAUGUACUGGCCUAUUAGUCGCAAGCAACUGCGUCGUGCGAGUACUGGAAACCAUGAACAUAGCCCAGUCGAAAUCAGACUACCAAAAACAGCCAGGCCAAGAAAGGAGGACCAGAAGCUGAAAAAUUCUCUUGAAAAGGAUGGUGAUUCUACUGCUCCUGGUAAGCCUGAAUUCACCAAUCCCAAGGCACCACUGGAAGGAGCACCUGAUCAUUUUGAGAGCAUUCCCUGCAUAGAAGAUUUGUCAGCUGUAGCAUCUGAACCUAUUGUGGCUGAAAUGCUGCCAACUGAUGCAGAAUGCUUCGUCAUCUCUCAUGACGAUUUGGCAGAUUGUAAAGAUGGAGUUUCAUCGGAUGGAGCUGAAAGCAUUGAGCUGGAGAUGCCAUUAGCUAUCCAGGACAUUGAUGAAUCUGAUGAACACACUGAGGAUGCCAUUCUGCCAGCUAACGAUGUAUUAGCUGUAGAUCAUGUGCCUGAUCAGUCAACAAAUGAAUGUGCAAGUUCAGAUAAGAGGACUACUCGGGCUGUGAUAGCAUCAGAGAAGCAAGAACAGGCUGCGCUUGGUACUAAAUCAAAGAUCUCAGCUAAUGCACCUGUAAAACCAAAGGUGAAAGCGAAAGAAAGUAUAACCAGGAACAUUGUCUCAAGCCAGAGAAAUGGAAGAUCAUCGCAUCCGAAAACUACUGGUGCAGCAGUUGAAAGCUCCAGUGGACCAAAGACAACGAGAAAAACUGCAGAUGCUACAGCUACUAAAAAGUUCAGUAACCCGGAUAGGAAAUUCAGCUCAACUGUUGCAUCAGCUGCACCAAAAGCUAAGGAGAUCAAAGUACCGUCAUCCUCUAGCGCAACUGAUUCAGCUGCCAAGCCUGCUAGGUUGGCAAAGCUGAAGUCUCAGACAGUGAAAAAUGCUCCCUCUCCACUGCUUUCCUCAGGGAAACACACUGAAAGAAAGAUGACAGAAAAGAAUGUCGUCAAGAAUGCUCAAGUCUGGCAAAAGAAGGGAGAUGAGAAGGUGGUACCAGGUCCACUGAAACUGUCUCGUUCUGUAAACAUGUCUGGCAAGUCUAUCUCGAGCCCCAGGUUGAGGUUGAGAUCAAUCAGAAAAGAUAAAAUUGCUCCCCCAAUCAAGAGCACCGAGAAGGUUUCUGAAACAGAAAAUUCAGCCACUGAUGCUAAAAAUACUAUGGAGAAAUUUCUGAAGAUGGCUUCACCAAAAGUGCGAAAACCAGAGGUUAAGAGCAAAGAGACCCGGCCUCCUCGCAAAGAUAAACCUGAAACUCCAAGAACUGUAAUAUCAAGGAGGCCAAAGCCUGCUCCGAUCGGCCCCUCAAGCACCGUGGCACCAGCGUCGCAGCCUCGCAAGCUAACGUUCCGCCGGGGCAAGGUGCUGAACCCUGCCGACAGCAGCAGCAGCAGCACGCCGAGACGGCUCCGGUUCAGGCCUGCCAUGGCCGCGGCAGACGCGAGCGCCGCCAGGAGCAGGGGCAGCAGAAUCAGCGGCAGAAGGAGCGGCAGCAGCGCCGCGGCGAGGGACGCUGGCGCCGAGGUCGUCGUGCUGCGGCGGCGGCAGGACGGCAAGGAGACGAAGAAGCAGGAGCAGGUGCUCUUAAACAACGUGAUCGAGGAGACGGCGAGCCGGCUCGUCGCCGAGGCGAGGAAGAGCAAGGUGAGGGCGCUGGUUGGCGCCUUCGAGACCGUCAUCUCGCUGCAGGAGACCGGCAAGGCUGCUGCUCCGGUGGCGGCGGCAAGCGUGGCGCCAUGAGCGUUUCUUGAUCUGAAUGUUUGGACCCUUUUUUGUGACUGUAAAUGAGGUUUUGCUCUCUCGUUUGCCCUUUUACUGCAAAAAAAAUAAUAAAGAAAGAAUGAAAGAAAUGCUUGUAAAAAACUUCAGUUUUUCGAUAGGAGUUUUUGUCCUCGGUCGUAGACCAAAGAAGAGUUUAUACAGUUUUGUAUUUGUACAAGGCUUGGCAUUUUGUUGCAGACAAAUUACUAGCAAGUUACUCUGAUGGUGCACUGCUAAACUAGCUUUGUUUCAAUCAAGAAGGUACACCACAUUAAGUUCUGUUUCAGUGGCCUGAUUCCUGAACAGGGUAUUAAUCCUAUGCUGACACUUUCUUU